AUUUAGAUAGAAGGUUUAGGGUAAAUUAGAAAUUAAAAAAAAAAAUACACAACAAUAAUUAAACUUUGGUCAAAGCUCUCUACAAUCUCUAUAGAAGUCAAAAACCCUCACUGAAAAGAGCCAACAUUUUGUACUUUGCUUGCUCUAUUAAAAAGAAACAAAAUGGCUACUACCUUCUUUAGGAGACUCGCCAAAGCCACUCCAGCUUCCUUCAACAAUGCAUUUGGAGGUCAACCGAAGUCAGAUUUUGCUGGAUUUCGCUUCGCAGCAAUCGCAGCCGUCGCCGGUGGAAUCUCCACUUACUAUUGCUUCUCGGAGUCGAAUUUGGUGCAUCUGGAUCAAAUCAACGAAGAGACAGGUCCAAAAGUUGCUCUGAAGUCUGAUAAGUGGCUUGAAUUUAAGUUGCAAGAUACUGCAAGGGUUAGUCACAACACUCACUUGUUCAGGUUUUCAUUUGAUCCCACUGCUAAGUUGGGUUUAGAUGUCGCUUCAUGCAUCCUUACAAGGGCUCCAUUAGGACAAGAUGGUGAAGGAAAAACAAAAUAUGUCAUAAGACCGUACACUCCUAUAUCGGACCCAGAUGCUAAGGGAUACUUUGACUUGUUAAUAAAGGUGUAUCCGGAAGGAAAAAUGAGUCAGCAUUUUGCUAGCUUAAAACCAGGUGAUGUAGUUGAAGUGAAAGGGCCCAUUGAAAAGCUCAGAUAUUCUCCCAAUAUGAAGAAACACAUUGGCAUGAUUGCAGGUGGGACAGGCAUAACUCCAAUGCUUCAGGUAAUUGAGGCUAUAAUGAAGAAUCCUGAUGACAACACUCAGGUGUCACUGCUUUAUGCGAAUGUCUCCCCAGAUGAUAUAUUGCUCAAGCAGAAGCUUGAUAUUCUUGCUGCUACACACCCAAAUCUUAAGGUAUUCUACACUGUGGAUAAUCCAUCAAAAAAUUGGAAAGGAGGUGCCGGUUACAUUUCAAAGGAUACGGUAAAAAAAGGCUUACCUGGUCCUGGUGAAGAUACUCUGAUCCUUGUAUGCGGUCCACCUGGGAUGAUGGAACACAUAUCCGGUGAUAAGGCUAAAGACUAUUCACAAGGAGAGCUAACUGGCAUACUUAAAGAACUCGGAUACACUGAGCAAAUGGUUUACAAAUUUUGAAAUAUGGAGGCAUUCAAGGAUUUGAAGAGAUGACUCUCACAUGGUUUGGUUUGAACAUAAAUUUUGGGUAAUAAAUGUUUCCCGAAAGAACACUGAUGAGGCAGAAUUUAAAGCCCAUGGUAUCAAAUAAUUUUUUUUAGUCAUAUACAAUGUAAAAUAGUACAUUGUCAACGCUUGUAGCAGUGAAAUCAUGAUAAAAAGAUCUUUAGAAAGUCCCUGCAAUCAGUUGUUUGUGGGUUGAUGUUAUGUCUGAAUCAGAUGGUGCCAAAUUUGGCCAGUUGUUUGUUUUGAUGGAUCCAUUUUGUGGGUAAGUGAGAAUUACUAUGAUCACAAUUUUGAGAAAGGUUAUCUCUCUUUUCUCCAAAAAAAAAAAUA